AUGCUACGAGCCAUCUUUUCCACCGGGCUGGCACUUGCAGCCGCAACAGGCCCGGCCGAAGUCCAGAGCGGCACGAAGCUGUCGCAACAGUUUGACUAUGGAGUGUUUGACCAGAUCACCGCGCAGCUCGAUCCUGAGAAGCUUGAGGAGAACAUGCUGCAGGCGAUGACUACAAACAGCUCAGCCACGAAGAACGCCGUGAACAAGAUGAUGGGCAAACUCCAGGCCUUUGCCCAGGACGAGCAGUCCUGGGAGCAACAGGCGAUUGAUGCAUUCCACGGCAAGUUGAGCGAAUCCUGCGACAAGCUCGUGGAGGCCGCGGGAGAGGCAACCGUGAAGCUCCAGAAGGACGUUCAGGAGCAGCGAAUCGCACCAUUCGAGGAAGAUGAGGGCUGCGUCAGCCAGCUCAGCGAAGCCAUCAAGAAAGAGAUGCAAAACAAGCUGGGGGAUGAGCAUGGCUUCCACGGCCUGGGUGCCGCGGUGGCUUACGUGUCCAUGAUGGGUGCAAACUAUGGCUGCGAAUCCGAGGCAGGAAUUCGCGGCCUCGACUUGCAGGAUGAAGCCGCGAGGCUUUGUGGAAAGGCCGUGUACGAGAGACAAGAGAAAGCGGCAGAAAAGGCAGCAAAGGCGGCGGAAGAGGCCGCCAAGAAGGCGGCAAAGAAGGCAGAGAACGAGAAGGCGGAGGUGGCAUCAACAGACGAUGCCUCGAAGGCUCGGCAGAGGGUAGGGCAGAGGCUCAGUGCGCCGUUUGCAGUUGCAGGAAUGUCUUGUAGAGGGAUGGGGAAGGUUUGA